CUCGAUCUCAUUGACCAACCCUUUGUCGGCGACCACAACAAAGCAUAGUGCGCUGCAUCGAAUCGUGUCCUCGACCUGGGAUCGAGCAGGCCAGGGAACGGAGGCCACGAGGUUGCUGAGCGCAGGGCAUUACAUGCACGCAAAUGGACAAGAACGAACAACAAGGGAGACGCGCAAGGAUGCAUCCCAAACGCCCACGCGCAGAUGACGAUGACGACUACGACGACUGCGAUCCCGUCGCAUCCGCAUUACCAGACUCGCACCCACAACCACAACCACAACCACAAUCUCGCCCCCUAAAACGACAACGCACCGCCCAGUCGUCCAGCGACCAUGCAGUUAUAGUUACGCCAGCAGCGUCGAGGAAGCAGCGGGCAGACCGGCUCUCCCAGCUGCCCUCGGAGAUCCUGAUCCGCAUCCUCAGCCACCUGUCCCUGCCGCACCUCCUCGCCGUCGCCCCCGUGAGCGCCCGCUUCCGCCGCCUCGCCCACGACAACCAGCUGUGGAAGGCACUGUACUACGCCCGCUUCGUGCUGCCGCGCGCCAUGCGCAUCCCUGGCUUCCGCGAGGGCAGGCUGGCCGAGAGGCUAAAGGACCACAAGCUGCACUACAAGGGCAGGAGGAACCUGUGGGCGAGCGGGCGCUCCGGCGGGCUGGUGAGGGAUGCCGCGGGGGCCACUGAUGGGUGGAAGAUACGCCUUACUGAGGAGGCUGAGGGCCUGGGUGGGAAGAGCGACAGGGUCAACUGGAAGAGGCAGUUCAAGAUACGACACAACUGGGCUAGGGGCAAGUGCGCCGUUGAGGAACUGAGGCUUGGCCCGGGGCCUGAGGAUGGAGGCGACUCAUUAGCGGGCGAAGGUCCUACCGACGUCAUGGAUGGACCCGACAGGAGCAAGAUGCUGGUCAAGGUCGUCGAGGGGCUCGCUGUCACUGUGGACAGGACAUCCGGGCUGCGGGCGUGGGAUCUCAAGACCAGGGAGGUGAUCGCGCAAGCCAGCCUUGGAGACGACGGCGCGGAAGCCGAAGUCGCCCAGCCGAGUUGCAUCGCCAUUGACGACCGCAGCCUGGACCAGGGCACACUGGACGUCUCGGUCGGCUUCGUGGACGGCAGCUUCGGGGUCUGGGCCCUGAGCACCCAGGCCAAGACCAUAUCCCGGCGGUAUCGCCACGAGAAGUCCAGCAACGGCGAGCUGAUCGGCAUGGCCUACUCGCACCCUUACCUGCUGACAGCCACGCGCGCCGUGCUGAUAUCCCUCUACACCUUUGAUGUGCCGCUCGAAACCACCGACGGAGGGGACAUCAGGAGCGACACGCGAGACACGUCGCCCGCGCGGGGGCUCUCGUCUAAGCUCAAGAGCGCCCUGAAGGAUUACGCGGACGAUGAUGACGCGGCCACCACCGACCAGACUGCACUCCCUGCCCCUUACCUCAUGACGUCGCUCAAGUCGUACAGCUCCAGCCCGCCCCUCGCGCUGUCAAUACGGAAGACGGCCGGCGCGACUGUCGCCUCGAUAGCAUACACCUUCUUCACCCGGCAUGGGUGGUCCAUCGGCAUCCAGGACCUCCACAUCACCCCGGACGAGGCAUUGAAGAGCGCCCCGGCCAUCACCACACGGCUCGCCUACACCUCCCCGACCACCAUCACCACGCUCGGGCACGGCGUGGGAGCAGCACCGUUGGACCCUCCACACCCACAAGGGCCACCAUCUCGACAACAGAACAACCACCCAUCCUCCCCCAGCCCGACCCGGAACACCCCACCAUCAUCACCACAAAGCGACCGCCAGCGCCUCCCCCAGCAACAGCAGACCCAGGGCCCCACGACCCUCUGCUACAGCCACCCCUACCUCCUCGCCACCCUCCCCGACAACACCCUGAUCCUGCACCUCUGCACCUCCACCGCCGCCGCCCUGUCCGUCUCCCCCGGUAUUCGGCUCUGGGGCCACACCUCGGGCAUAUCCGACGCCGAGAUCACCGCCCGCGGCAAGGCCGUCAGCGUCAGCAGCCGCGGGGACGAGAUGCGCGUCUGGGAGCUCGAGGGCCGGCCCAGCGGGGUGCGGAGCAGGAGCGUCGAGGUCCGCGCCGCUGCCGCCCCUGCUGUGGUCGGGGCUCCCCCUGGUGGCGGUGACGUGGGGGAUGGACACGACGCGGAGGGUGCUGGGGGUGAGGUCGUGAACGGCAGUGAUGACUGGGGGGAGGAGAGGAGGAACUGGGUCGGGUUCGACGAUGAGAUGGUCAUUGUGCUUAAGGAGGCGAGGGGUGGGAGGGAGAGCCUUUUGGUCUAUGAUUUUACCUAGACGGCCCCGGGGCAUGCCCGUUAUGUAUAUAUGUAAAGUUGAUUUGUCUGUGCUGGAUAAAAAGAGCGCCACUGCCUAGGUACCUAGGUAGUUAGAUAUACAAGAGGGUGGGCCGUUCUCGCGCCAUGUAGUUAUAUGCAGACCCCGGUGGCAUUAGACCAGUCGUCUUAGAAGAGGAAGCAGUGAGACGGCUACCUACAAACAGCUAGUCGUAAUAGACUCCUCGGCUAAAAGACCAUAAUAACCAAUUCAUCCAAGUGGUUAUUCCCAGCAGCACAUAAACCCGCACCAUCACAAAGAG